AUGCAGCACUUCGCCACAAAAGAAAAAAUAAUGGCUGCCACCAGGGCCUCACCGCCAAAAUAUGGAGCCUUCACAUUGGCUUUUUUUCAGGAUCUGGCACCAUCCACCCUAAAGAAAAGGAGGGACCUGAAACCUCUGACGAUGGCCUUAACCAAAAAGGGUCUGAGAUAUAGAUGGGGCCACCCUUUUAAACUACAAGUGCGCCUUGGCGACCAAGACCACGUCCUGCAUCACCCGGCGGAAAUGGAGGACUUCGCCACAGCCCUGGGCCUCCAGCUCUUCACCGGGACGCAGGCAGCCGACCAGAAUAACAUAGCUCCUGGAGGAACCCACAAAGCAGCGCAACCAUCCUGA